GCUGCUUAUCGCUUACGGAGCACCACAUCGCUUACCAAACAAUUGUCAUCGAUGUGAGGAGUCGCGGAAAGAUUGGCUGCAGGUAUCAAAACGAAAACCACGGAUGGUAUAUUAAAGCUUCUCAUCAAUUUGUUGCUCAACAGAAACACCAUACCUUCAUCCUUUAGAUCACAAUAUCGCCUGCAAAUCAAUUACAUCACUUAGACCACGCCAUCACUUCCGAAUCUCAGUCCUCACAUCGUCUUCAUACCAAUCCCCAACAACGAAUACCGAAACCAUUCGAGUUAUCCCGCUAGACGAGAUGACCGGCAAAAAGAUCAUCACAGUCUUCGGGGCCACAGGUGCCCAGGGAGGUGCCGUGGCCGACACGUUCCUGCACGAUGCCAAGCUCAAGUCCGACUGGACGGUCCGCGCUGUUACUCGAAACACCACCUCGGAAGCUGCGCAGAAGCUCAAGAGCCAAGGCGCCGAAGUUGUCGCUGCCGACUUGAAUGACAAGGCUACGCUAUUGAAGGCGGUCGAGGGUGCUUCCGCUGUCUUCGCCGUCACGAAUUACUGGGAGAAGGCGGACCACGAGCUGGAGCUCCGACAAGGCAAAGCCCUGGUCGAUGCCGCAAAGGACGCCGGCGUGCAUCACUUCAUAUGGAGUUCUCUGAUCAACGUUAGCAAGCUCUCCAACGGCAAACUGCCGCACGUCUACCACUUCGACAGCAAGGCCCAAGUCGAGGAGUACGCCCGCGGCGUUGGCCUUCCCGCCACCUUCUUCCUACCGGGCUUCUACAUGUCCAACAUCCCCGGCGGCAUGCUGCGGCCCAACCCAGACAGAGACAACGCCUGGACGUUCAGCCUCCCCGUGCCCGCCACCGCCCCCAUUCCCGUCUUCGACCCGGCUGACACGGGCAAGUACGUCAAGGCGGCCGUGCUGCACCGCGACGCGGUCCUGAGCCGGCGCAUUCUCGGCGCCACGGCCUACCUCACCGGCACCGAGAUCGUGGAGGGCUUCAAGAAGGUGUUCCCCGAAGCGGGCGAGACGGCUACGUACCGCCAGCAGUCCGAGGCCGAGUACCUGGCUGCCCUGACGGGCAAGGGCACGCCCGAGUUCAUUGCCCAGGAGCUGCUGGAGAAUAUGUUGCUGCUGGAUCAGUUUGGGUACUAUGGCGGGGCGAGCCUCGACGAGACGCACGCGCUUAUCGAGGACGAGUUGACGACGUGGGAGGAUUAUGUCAGGAAGUCUACUAAGUGGCCAGCUGAUCUGAAAUAGUGACUGCGGGAAUAGGUACGGUCCAGCAGCAUGGUGGUUUUGGCUUCUGUUCUUCGGCAUGGUCGCUUAUUCGGUGGGGUACUGGGUGUAUAUAUCGUGUGGUUGUGGUGGAAAAGGGAUGUCCAAUUCGUCCCUGUGGACCCUGAAAUGGCAAAGCGUUGGCAGCUGGGGUUUCCCAUACGCAUAUAUUAUUUUGCUGCUUAUGGAUGUGACAAGUUCUUCUAGGAUUUCCUCCAGCGGGAUCCGGAUACCACGGAUCCUACUAAGAGGCAAGGGUUUUUAUUUGUCC